AUGUUAAAAAUUUGGAAUAUUUUACCAAUAUUCUUUCUAUCAUCAUUAAUUUUUGCAGAUACAAAAGAAUGGUGGUUUGAAACAGGUUGGGUUGAAAAAAAUCCAGAUGGUUCAUUAAUAAAUCCAGAUGGUGUAUUUCCAAGAAAAAUGAUUGGGUUUAAUGGUACUUGGCCAUUACCAACUUUAAGAGCUAAAAAGGGUGAUAGAAUUAUAUUAUAUUUAAUUAAUGGAUUUGAUACUGUUAAUACUACAUUACAUUUUCAUGGUAUGUUUCAACCUGGUUCUUCUCAAAUGGAUGGUCCACCAAUGGUAUCUCAAUGUCCAAUUCCAACAGGUGAAAUGUUUAUUUAUAAUUUUACAUUAGGUGAUCAAGUUGGUUCAUAUUGGUAUCAUUCUCAUACUUCUGGUCAAUAUGGUGAUGGUAUGAGAGGUGCAUUUAUAAUUGAAGAUGAUGAUUUUCCUUAUGAUUAUGAUGAAGAAGUUGUUUUAACUUUAAGUGAACACUAUCAUCAAUAUUCUUAUGAAUUAAUGCCUAGUUUUUUAAGUAGAUUUAAUCCAACUGGUGCUGAACCAAUUAUUGAUAAUAUAUUAUUUAAUGAAACAAGAAAUGCUACUUGGAAAGUUGAACCAAACAAGACUUAUUUAUUAAGAAUCAUAAAUAUGGGUAGAUUUGUUUCUCAAUAUCUUUGGUUUGAAGAUCAUGAUAUGACAGUUGUUGAAGUUGAUGGUAUUUAUACUGAAAAAAAUACAACAAAUAUGCUUUAUAUAACUAUUGCUCAAAGAUACACUGUAUUAUUAACAACUAAAAAUUCAACUGAUAAAAAUUAUGCUAUAAUGAAUAAAGUAGAUGAUACAAUGUUAGAUGUUGUACCAGAUGAUUUACAAUUAAAUGGUACAAAUUAUUUGGUUUAUAAUGAGAAUGCAGAUUUACCAGAACAAAAUUAUGUUGAUUCAAUUGAUGAUUUUUUAGAUGAUUUUUAUCUUAUUCCAUAUGAUAAAGAACCAUUAUUAGAAGAUGCUGAUUAUACAGUUACUUUAGAAGUUCAAAUGGAUAAUUUAGGUAAUGGUAUAAAUUAUGCAUUUUUUAAUAAUAUAUCAUAUGUUGCUCCAAAAGUUCCAACUAUUUUAUCAGUACUUUCAGCUGGUGAACAAGCUACUAAUGAAUUAGUUUAUGGAUUAAAUACAAAUACUUUUGUUUUAGAAGAAGAUGAAGUUAUUGAUAUUGUUUUAAAUAAUUUAGAUACUGGUACUCAUCCUUUCCAUUUACAUGGUCAUGCAUUUCAAGUUAUUGAAAGAGGUCCAGCAAUUGAUGAUAAUGAUCCACAUUUAUCUUUUAAUGCAAGUGAUCAUGCUGAAUGGCCAAAAAUUCCAAUGAGAAGAGAUACUGUUUAUGUAAGACCUCAAUCAUAUUUUGUUCUUAGAUUUAAAGCAUCAAAUCCUGGAGUUUGGUUUUUCCAUUGUCAUAUUGAAUGGCAUUUAGAUCAAGGUUUAGCUAUUGUAUUUGUUGAAAAUCCAAAUGCUAUUAUAAAUAAUUCAACUCAACAAAUUACUGAUAAUCAUAAACAAAUUUGUGAAAAAGUAGGAGUACCAUGGCAAGGUAAUGCUGCUGCAAAUACAAAUAAUUAUUUAGAUUUAACUGGUGAAAAUGUUCAAGUUAAAAGAUUACCAACUGGUUUUACUGCAAAAGGAAUUGUUGCAUUAGUAUUUUCAUGUGUUGCUGCAAUUUUAGGUCUAGCUACAAUUGCUUAUUAUGGUAUGCAAGAUAUAAGUAAUGUUGAAGAAAGAGUUGCUAAAGAUUUGAACAUUGAUUUAGUUGAUGAUAAUGGUGUACCUUUGGAAGUUGAAGAUGAAGUUGAUAGAAUAAUUGAAAGUUCAUCAGCUGAAAAUUCAACUCAUAAACAUUAA